UCAUUCCAGCUAGAGACCCAGCAACCAGACACAACAAAAACCGAUGUAUUGGAGACCAACUGAUCUGAGUUAACUACUGGGUGCCACAAGGGAUUAAUGAUUCAAAACUAACAGUGAACUUCCUGUUGUCAAGUCAAGCGCUGGUAGAUCUGUUGAUCUAGAUAUAUUCUGUCACAAUAAACCAACAGAAUAGGACUUGGAGGUUAAGAAAGUAUUCAAGUUCAUCGAUAUUUUUAGAAGCGAUGCUUUCCAGGCCAACUGAUUGGAGUCAACACACUGGUACCACAAGCAAUAAAGGAAAUUAACAAGGAAUUAAAGAUUCAAAACUUACUGUAAACUUUAUGUGGUCAAGUCAAAUAUUGGUGGACUUGUUGAUCUAAAUAUAUUCUGUCAAAAUAAACCAAAAGGAAUCACAUUUGAUAAUUAAGAAAAGUUCUUUGAGACUUUUAGAACCAAUGUUUUCUAGUAAAACCAAUUGAAGUCAACAAACCACACGCAAUUAAGGAAAUCAACAAGGAAUCAGUGUUACAAAGCUAAAUUGGAAACUUUUUUUGUCAAGUGUUGGUAGACUUAUUGAUCUAGAUAUAUUUGAUCAAAAUAUACCAAGGGAAUCUUACUUGACGAUUAAGAAAGUCUUCAAGUUCUUCAAGACUUUUGGAAUCAAUGAUUUCUCGGCCAUCUAUUUGGAGUCAAGAAAACAGGUACUACACACAAUUGAAGAAAUUAACAAGGAAUCAGUGUUUCAAAGCUAUAUGUUAACUGCCUAUUGUCAAACGCUGGUGUACUUGUUGAUCUAGAUAUAUUCUGUCAAAAUAAACCCAUGGAAUCACAUACUUGAUGAACAAGAAAGUACUCCAGUUCAUCAAGACUUUUUGAACCAGUGUUUUCUAUGCCAAGCGAUUGUAGUCAACAAACCACAAGCACUUAAUAGGAAUCAAUGUUUCAAAGCUAAAUCUGAACCUCCUGUUGUCAAGUGUUGGUAGACCUGUUGAUCUAGAUAUAUUCUGUCAAAAUAAACCAACGGAAUCACAAACUUAUCAAGGAAGUCCAAGACUUUACCAAUAUGAACUCAGUUUGGAAGCGUCAAGGCAUGAACAGUUCUGGUGGACAUUAUUUAAACAUGGGGGCAGUGCUGUCACCAAUAGGUGCCGCCCGUUUGUGUCAGCUGACUCUGGGCUGUUCCGUCAUCUCAUUGGUGAUCCACAGCGCCGGCUACAGCGCCACCUACGGGACGUUCUGUAUGACUGUCUGGAGCUUCUGCUUUGCCGUUACAGUGGCCAUUUUCGUACUGGAUGCUACACGUCUUCACACGUGUCUUCCUGUGUCCUGGGAGAACCUGACCGUGACCUUUGCAGCUCUAGCUGCCCUCCUGACCCUCACAGCCUCUGUAGUCUAUCCAGUGUACUUCGUACGCCCAGAGUGCCCUUAUAAUAACUGCGAGCAAAGAAACUUUCGCAUCGCCGUGACCGUGUGCUCUUGGGCAGCGUGCAUCGCGUAUGGAGUGGAGGUUUUUCUGUCACGUGCCAAACCAGGCCGAGUCGUGGGCUACAUGGCGACACCCUCUGGGAUCCUGAAGGUGGUGCAGAGCUUCGCCGGAUGUGUCAUUUUCGGAAUGCUCGCCAACGGAAGCGGUUUUUCGAGCCACGUCGCAACCAUCUACUGUGUGGUUGUGUUUGCGGUUUGCUUCGCAAUCACGGUGCUCAUGGUGGCGUUGACUGUCUCUGGCCGUACUGCCAUUCUGCGGCUGCCGUUUGACCGGUUUGUGGUGGUUUACACAUUCGCAGCAGUGCUGCUGUACCUCAGCGCGGCUGUGGUUUGGCCUGUCUUCUGCUUUGACAAAAAGUACGGAACUCCUUUUCGGCCGCAGGGCUGCCCUCGGGGCCAGUGCUCGUGGGACGUGAAGCUCGCCGUGACUGUUCUGUGCUAUGUCAACCUUGUGCUUUACAUCACCGAUCUCAUCUAUUCCCAGAGAGCCCGAUCGGUGUCACAGUGUCCUCGAGUGUAGGGUGAACAUUGUUCAUUUAUGAAUGCACUUAUUAAACACAAUCUCCGCUGACAGAUAAUCCACUGAGACACGAGGCAGUUCUCGAAUAAUGAUUUGGAUUUGCUUGCAAAAAAAUUACUGUGGUCGUACCGUGCUUCAGUGAUGGUAAUUCCAUGGAAUUUGAUAUAUAUCAUAGUACUCUUUGAAUACCAUAUUCAUAUAACAUGGUAUCUACAUGGCUCUCCAAAGUGUAAUUGAAACCUGUCAAGAAAUUGCUGUGCUCAUAUUAAACCCUAAACCAAAAAAAAAUAAAUAAAAUAAAAUAAAAUAAAAAAAUUAAAACAAAAGCCUACAUUUAGGACCAUAAAAUUGUUUUGUAAUGUGACAUUAUUUUCAGGACACUUCAGCACAUUUUACCACCUCAUUCUCAUUACCACAACUCGUCCAGAUGUUUUACUUGAACUAUUCCCAUUGUUUUCAGUGAUGAUUCUAAUAACUGUAACUGUCAUUUUUUGCUGUUUUACAGUAAAAAUGCUGUUGUACAAUGAUUUUUUUUAAAUUAAAAUCCAAUUUUAGUAGUACCAAAGGAGUACUACUAUUGUAUAUAAAUACAUCAAUACAAUUUAUAUAAUCUAUCUUUUUACUCAUGUUGUGGUAUCAGAAUAUCAUAAUGAUCAUCUUUUUCACACUGCAGUAAUGAGUAUUAAAUGUGCGUAACUGUCAUGAAAAUAGUGUCACAAAAAAAUCUUAAUGGGCCUAAAAUUAUGCUUUAUUUUCUAUAUAUGCAAAAUAUAAUUUCUUAUUUGUUUCUUUAGAUUUUGGAUUCAAAUAGGACAAGGACAUUUUCUUGACAGGUUUUGUGAGAAUUAUGCACGUCAAAGAAUAGUAUUAGUCACAAAUGUUACUGUUAUUUUGCCAAGACAAACAUGUUUGUGGUUCAACAUCUUUUGUUGGUUUUGGAGGAAUAUUCCUGUCAAAGGAACAUAGCCCAUGGGGGCCUGGGAAGCUCAGCGAGUAAAGACGCUGACUACCAAACCUGGAGUUGAGAGUUUGAUUCCAGGGUGUGCUGAGUGACUCCAGUCAGGUCUCCUAAGCAACCAUAUUGGCCCGGUUGUUAGGGUGAGUAGAGUCACAUGGGGUAACCUCCUCAUGAUCACUAUAAUGUGGUUCUCGCUCUCAGUGGGGUGCGUGGUGAGUUGUGCGUGGAUGCUGCGGAGAAUAGUGUGAAGCCUCCACAUGCACUACAUCUCCACGGUAACGCGCUCAACAAGCCACGUGAUAAGAUGCACAGACUGACAGUCUCAGACGCGGAGGCAACUGAGAUUCGUCCUCUGCCACCUGGAUUGAGGCGAGUCACUACACCACCACAAGGACCUAGAGCACAUUGGAAAUUGGGCAUUCCUAAUUGGGGAGAAAAAAAAAAAAAAGAAGAAAUGUAGCCCUAAUCCUGACCAUUACCAACCCUUAAAGGAAUAUUCCGGGUUCAAUACAAGUUAAUC